UUUUGCGAAUGCUUAUGUAAAUGACGUUUUUACUAUACCUGCAAAUUUGGCCGGUGAAACACUACCAACAGUUAAAAUUAGGGUAACUGGGCAUGGUCCUAUGGUGAGGCACCGUGCCAGUCCAAGUGCCCAUCUCGCUAGCAAAGAUCAGCCCUUGGUACAUCGAGUAUUAAACCUUCCACCAACUGCGGCCCGGCGUGCUUCCAGUUCAACAAUCCCACCAGUUUGUAAAAAGACAUCAUCUUAUCAUUCUAAGUGUGAGAACCCUUUUGCAAUGUUCACAGAACCCAAAAUUCAAACAAAGCGUCGUGUUGCCAUCAUUGGUGGUGGACUUGUUGGUGCCCUUGCUGCACUUUACUUUGCUAGACGUGACUGGAAUGUCGAUCUCUUCGAGCUUCGUAAAGACCCUAGAAUUCAGGGAAAUCGAGCUGGUCUUUCACAAAAAUCAAUAAACUUAGCUUUGUCAACUCGAGGACUAAGUGCAUUGGCAAAUACUGGUUUAAAUCUUGAUGAAAUGGUACUAAAUUUUGUUAUUCCAAUGAAAGGAAGAAUGAUCCAUUUAGAUAAAGGUGAGCUCAGGAGUCAAUCAUAUGGUAUUUUUGGAGAGGCACUUCUCGAACUGCUUCUGAAUACUACCAGAAAAUUUACAAACGUAAAUAUCUUUUUCCAAUAUCAAAUGAAAACUUGUAACUUUGACUCUGGAUUACUAGAAUUUGUGAACAAGGCUGAAGGAACAACAAUUCAGCAUACUGCUGAUCUGAUUAUUGGUGCUGAUGGUGCUUAUUCUUCUGUUAGAUCUCAAUUAAUGCGUGUAAUUAACAUGGAUUAUAAUCAAGAAUAUAUUACACAUGCAUAUCGCGAACUAACCAUUCCUCCGAUUAUCGAUGACAAAGGUGAUCCAAAGUUCGCCAUGGAUCCUAAUCACUUGCAUAUUUGGCCGAGACAUACUUUCAUGAUGAUUGCUUUACCAAAUUUGAAUAAAUCAUUCACUUGCACUCUUUUCAUGCCAAAAGAAACGUUCGAUGCUAUAAAAACAGAAAGAGAAUUGUUAAACUUCUUUGAAGUCUAUUUUCCGGAUUCCAUUCCUUUAAUAGGCGAACAACGACUUAAAGAAUAUUUUCGUAACCCAAUAGGAUCACUGAUCUCUAUCAAGUGCAAACCUUACCAUUAUCGAAAUAGAGCAUUAAUCAUAGGAGAUGCUGCUCAUUGUAUGGUGCCCUUUUAUGGACAAGGCAUGAACUGCGGAUUUCAAGAUAUUGAAUUACUUGAUAGCAUCUUUGAAAGAUUCAAUAUUACCGCAUUCCAUAAUGAUAACUAUGAUGACAAAUUGGAGCUGGCAUUGGAGGAGUACACAAAACUUCGUCAUGAAGAUGCAGUAGCAAUUUGUGACUUGGCAAUGUAUAAUUAUAUUGAGAUGAGGUCUAGCGUAGUAAACCCUUGGUAUUUAAUGAGGAGAUGGGUUGAAAGUUGGUUACAUUGGUUAUUUCCAACAUUAAUAAUACCACUGUAUACUAUGGUAAGUUUUUCGACAGUAAGGUAUUCGGAAGCCAUGAAAAGAUGGCAAUGGCAAGGCUUUUUGCUGAAUAUUAUUGGCUUAAUGUCUGGUGCGAUAAUUGCAAUGUUAUUAGCUUUAUUAUACAUAUAA